AUGACCACUCUUAACAUUAUGGUCAACAUUCCCUUGUGUUUUCACUAUGAAUCUGCUUACGUUCUGGACAAUGUACAAUGGGGCUAUUGCACUGUCAGCGGUUACAUCACUUCACCGGCUUUGGCAACUCACCGGUUGCUCGCCAACGUCUCAAACAUAUUUCUUCCUAUUCCUCUGCUGCUGCUGUUGAACUCUUUCACCACCCGCUACAUCCCAGUGAUCAGCAGAGCUCGCCAAACCCUGAAGAGCAUGAGAGUUGGUGCUGAGGAGAUGGGCAGAGACCCCGAGCAAAAGAGCAGGAAGACAUCCAUCGUUCUGCUCUUCAUUUUCUCGGAUGCUUCAUGGUUCUCGAACCUGAUGACAGUGCUGAUUCUUUCCCAAGGGAAGUGUGGCCUUUCCAAAGGAAUCACUCUCUACAUGACUGCCAUGGCAACAGGAGAUCUGAUGGUCCUUGUCUUCAACGUGAUUGUGGGCCAGAUCUUCAAGUAUCAUUUCCCGGGCUCACUGCUGAACUACACCCCCGCCUGCCGACUCAGUGCCUUCCUGCAAGGGCUCAGCAUCCAACUCUCCAUCUGGUUUACCAUCAUCUUCACCUUUGACCGCUUUGUAGCAAUUUGCUGCAACAAAUUAAAGGCGAGAUAUUGCACUGGAAGAACAGCCAAUGUGGUCAUAUCCAUUGUGAGUGCUUUUAACAUCAUGGUCAACAUUCCCUUGCCUUUUCGCUAUGAGCCCACUCAUGUUCUGAACAAUGUACAAUGGGGCUGCCGCACCGUAACCGGUUACCUCACUUCACCGGCCUGGGCAGCUCACCGGUGGCUCACCAACAUCUCAAACAUGUUUCUUCCUAUUCCCCUGCUGCUGCUGUUGAACUCUCUCACUGCCCGGCACAUUCUGGUAGCCAGCAGAGCUCGCCGUGCCCUGAAGAAGAGCAGAGAUGGUGCUGGGGAAAUGGGCGGAGACCCCGAGCUGAAGAGCAGGAGAACCUCCAUCGUUCUGCUCUUCACGAUCUCCGGCUGCUUCGUGUUACUCUCAGCGCCCAUCACUCUCAUCCACAUCUGUGUCGGUGUUACACACACAGUGGCUUUCCAAGGGUCAAACUCGCUCUAUUUGGGAAUCAUGGCGGCAUUCCUGCUGAUGUGCACCAGCUCCUGCACAAACACUUGCAUUUACGCACUGACACAGAAGAGAUUCAGAGAGGAGGUGAAGUAUGUGCUGAAAUCUCCCUAUUCUCUGCUCUUUAAGAUACAUGAAUAA